AUGGAAAGUAGUGCAAGUAAUAAUCGUGCCGAGAAAGACCGGUUCUUCUCUGCGCUGGCCCUGAACAGAAUGCGGGCUCGAUCCCCGUUGCCAGCCCCGGCUCCAGCCCCUUCUACAGCUUCAGCUUCACCUGCGGCUCCGACUCCAGCUUCAAGAGAAGAAUCAAAUAAGAUUGAAGAGCAGCAUGUAGAAACUCAAGAUCCUACGAUGAACAUAGCUAGCUCCGCUGGAGAAGAUUCUAGCAGGAUGGUCGAAAGUCCCAGCAAGAUGGUCGAAGGUCCCAGCAGGAUGGUCGAAAGUCCCAGCAGGAUGGUCCAAGGUCCCAGCAAGGACAUAUCUAAAACCAUAAAGAAGAUUCGAAUAGCUCGGCGACGUAGGACCAGCUCCAUAACGACAAAUCAAAAGAAAGAAUUUUUUUGCAACUUUUUGGAAACUUGUGUAAGAGCGUUGGAUAUGUUUUGCAAUAAUAAGGCACGCAAGACGUCGUCGUCGGAGUCGCAAGAUGAUAGUGUUAAUAAAGAUGUAAUAAACACUGAAGAGAACCGGCCUUGCCCCAGCCACCGCCACAGAGAAUUGGAUAAUGAAGAUGCUGAAAGCAGUAACGACAGAAAGAAGCGGAGACGAGAUUUUAACACUAACAAAAAUAACAAUUUCUUCGUCCAAAUAGUAGAUAGUACACCACAACAAGAAUGGGUUGGUAUUGGUACCGGACAAACGCAGCUCCAUAGAGAUAAGUUUGUAAAAUUAAAAUGGGACUCUUACAAUGCUGCCACAAGGAGUCUCCUGGUUGCAGUCUUUGGUAAAGAGACUUUGGCGACACAUUCGCUAACAGGAAAGAAAUCACCGAAAUAUCCAGAUAGGCCGCCUAAAGAAUGUCUUGACCCCACGAAGGUCAAUGACAUUAUAAUUGAAGUUACGAAUAAUUUUGCAGUGACAGAAAGAUCAAUAAAAAAUAUAAUAACAACCAAGUGCGCCGACGAGUGCAAGAUGGAAAAAAUGCGUAUUCAGAAGGCCGAAAACGAGCGAAAAUUAAAUUAAGUCAUCAUAUUA